AUGGCUGACCAGCCCGCAGAAGACGCUGGGGCAACGCCAGCAGAAGAGACGGUCCCCGCAGAACAGGCACCCCCGGAGGGCGGCGGCGAAAACAUUGAGGCAGCGGGUGGCGAGGUCGGCGAGGGUGAGGGUGAGGGUGAGGGAGAAAGCGAAGCAGGAGGGGAAGAUGCAGGAAAGGAAAACGAUGACGACGCAGAUGAGGAUAUUACUGAACUCCCCCCCGAUCCAACUCCUCACGACCUGCGAAAAAUAAUGGCGAAAGAAGUUGCCAAGCUUAAGGAGAUGCCAGUUAAGCAAUUUAUCGAGGCAAUGCCAGCUACAGAAAAACUACACAAUCAGAUAAAUUCAUACGCAGAAAAGUUUAUGGUGGAAAUAAUCAAGCAAAUACCUGAAGUUACUCCUGUCUUAAAGAAGGUUGGAGAAUAUGAUCAAGUUGUAUUUGACAAGCUCUUCGAGGCCAAAACGGCAGAUUUCAAUGCAGCAGGGAAAACCCCCGAAGGUAAGAGUUUCAUGUGCAUAGUCAGACGUUGA